GCCCUCUAUUACGCAAAAGUGUAGCCGCCAACUUUGUAAUUGACGUGGCGCGAGGAAAUUAAGUUGUGAGUUUUUGGGAGAAAACCGAAACCCCGACUAUGCCUAAACGAGAGCACGAGCGCAAGCUUCGCAAAGAGCAAGAGGCUACUGCUCAUGUGUUUCAAGAGUUUGUCAAGUCGUUUCAAGAGGCACCAAUGCCGAGCAAGACGUUUGUGAAAUCCGGCGUUCUAUUCGCCGAUAAAAACGAGCUGAAACCUUUGGAAAUCCAGCUGUACAAGCCGACGCCACUGAUUAAAGCCAGCACGGCCAUGCCGAGUGCUUUGGAGUGUGCAAAGCUGGUGAGAGAGGAGCCGAAGCGAGGCAAAGUCAAGCCCAAGUCGAACUUGGAGCUGUUAAAAGAGGAGCUGAAGCAGCGCCACUCUGAAAAGGGGGAGCGCGAUAAACUUAAGGAGGAACUAAUCAUGUCAGGUCCAGCUUUGAGCUACUUCGAUGGUGGCGACCCGAACUCCACCAAUCUCUUCGUCGCCAAUCUCAACACCGAUGUGACAGAAGCCAAUCUAAUGGAGGAAUUCGGCAUUUAUGGGCCUUUGGCCAGUGUGAAGAUUAUGUGGCCCAGAGGCAAAGAGCGGUUUAAAAACAUGAACACCAACUGCGGAUUUGUGGCUUUUAUGAGCAGGCGCGAUGCGGAACGCGCGCUCAACCACAUGAAGAACCGCAUUGAUAUGCGGGUGGGCUGGGGAAAGUCUGUGGAUUUGCCCACUCAUCCCGUCUUCAUCCCCCCCGAGCUGUUGAAGCUCUAUUUGCCUCCUCCAUCCAGUGGCCUGCCCUUCAACGCUCAACCAUCCAAGGCGGCUGAUUGGGAGGGAGCCACAGUGAAAGUCACAAUUCCUCUUAACAAAAAGCUGCUGGCCUUGAUCAAUCGCAUGGUGGAGUUUGUGGUCAAAGAAGGCCCUCUAUUUGAGGCAAUGAUUAUGAAUAAGGAGCUGAGCAAUCCCGAGUACAGCUUCUUGUUCGACAACAAGUCGGCGAAUCAUGUGUAUUAUAGAUGGAAGCUGUUUAGCGUCCUGCAAGCGGACUCUACGCGGGAGUGGAGACUACAGCCAUUUAGAAUGUUUGUUGGAGGCUCCAUUUGGCUGCCGCCGGUAGCCCCGAACUAUCAAGCAGGCAUGCCCGAGGAGCUUGUCAAUUCCCUGGACUCCAGCAGCAGUUUGUCGAACAACCAAUGCGAGCGUCUAAUCGAAAUAAUCCAGAGCUUGAACUUGAGCCGCAGCUCCAUCGCGGAAGCAAUGGUGUUUUGCUUGAAUCACUCCGCGGCCCUUAAAGAUUCUCUGGAUAUUAUUACAGAGUCUUUGUUCAAUCCAACCACUCGCCCUGCCAGAAAAUUGGCAAGGGUAUAUCUGCUCUCUGACGUGUUGAGCAAUUGCGCCAAUGAGCCCAAGGGGGUGAACAUUCAAGCCAUAUUAGAACAAGUCUUCAACGAUCUUAAGAGCAGCUUCGCUGCUUUUGAGCCCGCGGAAAAGACCCAGUUCGGCCCAAAAGUCCUGCGAGUUCUGCGCCAUUUAGACACCAUCAGCUUCCUGACCUCCAGCCUAUACGCAAAAUUUCAGGCCGAUUUCAAGCCAACCAGCGAGGAACCGCUGGACGAAAAAAACCCGCUGAAGAACAUCGACAAGCCGAAACGAGUAACCACGAUUCCACUACAGUACUUUGUGCCUUCGAAAUGGGAUACAGUCGAUCCAGAGGAUUUUGAGACGCAGUCGAUGUCUUCCUCCAAACUUUACUACUUGGAGCUGCUGAAUGAACGCAACAAGCAAGAAACCUCAAUUGAUAGGUCGAAGGCCAGAAAGAGGAAAAGCGAUAAGAGUCCUGCGCGAAAACCCAUAAACGACAAAAAGCGCAAAACCCCUAGAUCUUAGUUAUGAAUUUGUAGAUGUUAAAUAUAUUACAGGCCAAUUAGUUUGCUUGAUAGAGGG